AAAUUUAUACUUUAUUUUAUUCAAUCCUCCUAAUCGCGAAGAAAACAAGAGAAUCGAGUAAUGCAACAACAAGGUGAACCAUCGGUUUUGAGUUUGAGACCCGGCGGUGGUGGUGGCGGCGGCAGAAGCAGGCUUUUUGUCCCACGCUUUAGCUCCUCUUCCUCUUUUGAUCUUACCAAUUGCGGCGGUUCCGGAGAAACCCCUUUUCCCGUCAAGAGAGAUGAUUCUGGUGAACGUUUGAGGUUUACCCGAGAACAGCUGCUUCAGCAUAGAGAGUCUGUUCAAGUCUCUGAUGAAAUUCUUAGACGAUGUAAGGAAAUUGCAGCUGAGCUUUUCGGUGAAGAGCAGAAUUGGGGGAAUCGUGUAGCCGAGAAUAAAUUAACAAAUCAACCUCAGAAUCGUUAUUCCGAGCCUGAUAACCGUGACUGGCAUAGUCGUGCGCAGAUUGCAACCUCUGGUAAGGAAUGGUUAAGGGACGACCCUCGUGAAGCUAGAAAUGCAUCUCAAGGGUCUGGUCCUACCCCUGUGCUGGUUAAAGCAGAGGUUCCGUGGUCAGCUAAAAGAGGAGCUCUUUCAGAUAAAGACCGAGUCGUCAAGAGCGUGAAAGGUAUUCUGAACAAGCUUACUCCGGAGAAGUACGAGCUUCUUAAAGGUCAAUUGAUUGACGCUGGCAUCGAUUCUGCAGAUAUCCUAAAGGAAGUGAUACAGCUAAUUUUUGAGAAUGCUAUACUCCAGCCGACAUUCUGCGAGAUGUAUGCUCUUCUGUGUUUUGAUAUUAACGGAAAGCUCCCUUCGUUUCCGUCUGAGGAACCUGGUGGGAAAGAAAUAACUUUUAAAAGAGUCCUUUUAAAUAAUUGCCAAGAGGCAUUUGAGGGUGCUGGCAAAUUGAAGAAAGAAAUCAGACAGAUGACUAAUCCAGACCAAGAAAUGGAAAGAAUGGAUAAGGAGAAAAUGGCGAAGCUCCGGACACUUGGAAAUAUUCGUCUGAUUGGAGAACUUCUGAAGCAAAAGAUGGUGCCCGAGAAGAUAGUUCAUCAUAUUGUCCAAGAGCUUCUAGGAGAAGAUAGUAAAGCUUGCCCAGCAGAGGGAGAUGUUGAAGCUCUCUGCCAAUUUUUUAUAACCAUUGGGAAGCAACUUGAUGACAGCCCACGAUCUCGAGGUAUUAAUGACAUGUACUUUGGUCGGUUGAAGGAGCUAGCAAUGCACCCUCAAUUAGAGCUGCGUCUCAGAUUUAUGGUCCAAAACGUUGUUGAUAUGCGAGCUAACAAAUGGGUACCAAGGCGUGAGGAGGUGAAAGCGAAGAAAAUCAAUGAAAUCCAUUCUGAGGCAGAGAGAAAUCUUGGGUUGCGUCCGGGUGCAAUGGCAAAUAUGAGAAACAACAACAACAACCGCGCUGCGGUUUCUGGUGCAGCAGACAGUAUUGGCUCUGGAAAUAUCCUUGGCCGUCCUGGUACUGGAGGAAUGAUGCCCGGCAUGCCAGGAACUAGGAUGGUGCCUAUUGUUGAUGAAGGCGGCUGGGAAAUACCACGGACCCGGUCCAUGCCCAGAGGUAAUAGACAAACAGUCCAGCAGCCGCGUGUUCAGCCACCUCCUGCUAUCAACAACUCAUUCUCAGUCAACUCAAGGCUUCUUCCUCAGGGUAGCGGAGGUCUCCUCAAUGGUGGUGGUAGGCCAAGCGCACUUGUGCAAGGUAACGGUUCUAGCUCAGCUCCUCAAGCCUCUAAACCUAUUCCAACUGUGGAGAAGCCGCAACCACGGUCUCAACCUCAGCCACAGCCACAGCCACAGCCACAGACACAGGCGGCUCCUCUGGCUAAUAGCCUGAACGCAGGAGAGCUCGAAAGAAAAACCAAGUCGCUUCUUGAAGAGUAUUUUAGUGUCCGUUUAGAGGAUGAGGCAUUGCAAUGCGUUGAGGAACUGAAAUCUCCAUCUUACCACCCGGAGCUCGUCAAGGAAACCAUCUCACUCGGUCUAGAGAAAAACCCUCCGUUGGUUGAACCAAUUACCAAACUCUUGAAACAUCUGAUCUCGAAGAAUGUGCUGACAUGUAAAGACUUAGGGGCGGGUUGUUUGCUCUAUGGUUCUAUGUUGGAUGACAUUGGAAUCGAUCUGCCAAAAGCACCAAACAGCUUUGGAGAGAUCUUAGGGAAGUUGGUCUCAGCGAAAGUAUUAGACUUCGAGCUGGUGAGAGAGGUUUUGAUGAAGAUGGAAGAUGAGUGGUUCAGAAAAGCCGUGCUUGAUGCAGUGAUACAGAGUGUUCGCGAGAGUCCGUCGGGACAGUCUGUAUUGGAUUCGCAGGCCGCAGAAGUUGAGGCAUGCCAGAGUUUGCUCUAAAGUAUAUUGGUUCUCGCCGGCGAAGUCUUAAAACAUUUACUUGAGUAGUCUGAAUCAUUUUUUUAUAAAAGUUUUGAGUUAAU